UAUUUAUGUACAUGUAUAUAAAGGAAUUUAUGUGAUCUAAAUACUUAUAGUUUAGGUAUUAUAUAGUUUUCUACUAUGUUACAUUUAAUUAGUCAUAUUUGUACAGUAUGAGGAUUUAAAGGGUCUUUUGGGGUUUUUAUACUCAUACCGGUAAGAGCAUUUUCAGGCUAUUAGCCUGAUCCUAAAUAUUUCAAUUUUGGCUCCAAAUUAGCUUGCAUCGGAAGUUUUGGCAGGUGUUGUUCUUUUUUGUGAGUAUCUAAAUUUUUUGGGGACAUGCAGAAUACAAUUUUGUUUCUCGGACAUUCAUUCAUCGUGCGCUUGCAUAGGUUUUUGAAUCACUCAGUGAAUUUUAGACCUAACUUAGGACUUAACCGUGAACACGUUGUGUACAGAGGUUAUUCGGGUUGCACGAUUGAUAGACUUUCUCAGAGAGGUAUCCGGGAGGUGGAUAAGUUUAAACCAGCUUUAGUGUGUUUGCAAAUAGGCUCUAACGAUCUCUGCAGUAUUGAUGUAGAAGUACAUGAUUUAGUUGAUAAAAUAGUUGACUUUACAGAGAUGCUUCGAGGUCGGGGAGUGCGCAGAGUUUGCGUAUACCAAAUCCUGCACAGGAAGCCUCCCACUAAACCAGGUAGAUUUGCUGUUGACUCAGAGUGGUUCAAUUCUAGGGUAGAUUUAGUUAACAGGCUUUUGGAUGAGAGGCUAGGAAGAGAUUUUUUGUCAGGAGUCAGAUUCUGGCGCCAUGCUGGCUUUUGGUCACCUGAAAAUAAAGCUAUGGUUUUUUGUGAGGAUGGUGUGCAUUUGAAUGAGACUCAGGGCUACCCUAAGUAUUACAACAGUGUCAGAGCAUCAGUGGUUUCAGGACUUAAUAGCCUAUAGCUUCAUUAGCUUGUGGAAAAUGAAAGCUCAGUGUUUAGUGCUGGAGAAAAAUAGUAUAUAAAAUGUCACAAACAUAAAGGGUUCAAAUAUAUAAGUUUAGAUUCACAGUUGAUAUUCGCAGUUUGUUCUAGUACGACAUACACUGAACAUAGGUAUUAUACCAAGUAGGGUUAAAUUGUAAUGACUUUAAUCAUAUUGUUCAUGUUGUUGAUACAAAAUAUUUACUAUCGUUUGGACUCAGGUGUUGCGCAUGGUCCAUUGCUAUAGGCUUGAGUGUAGGUUAGUUGUUUUGGCCAAUAUCUGUAUGUACUAAUAUAUGAUGGACGGUUUAGCUCCUAUACUAUUGGGUGUUUUAUGGUGAUAUCCCCCAUGGUUGGACUAUGAUACUUGGUAAACCAAAUAGCCCCUAGUUUGUUGGGUGCUAUGUUAUGUAAUAUCCGGUAUGCUUGGAUCAUAUGGUAGCCGUUUAGCCCCUAUAUGGUUGGGUGCUAUGUUUUCAUAUCCAGUCUGGUUGGAUUAUGAUAUACAUGUGUAUGGCUUACCAAAGAGCCCCUAUAUGGUUGGGUGCUAUGUUGUUAUGUCCAGCAUGCUUGGAUCUUCUGGUAACCAUUUAGCCCCCUUAUGGUUGGGUGCUAUGUUGUCAUGUCCAGUACGGUUGGAUUAUGAUAUAUGGCUUACCAAGGAGCCCCUUUAUGGUUUAGGUGCAACGUUGUAAUAUCUGAUGUAGUUGGAUUAUGUUUGGCGGUUUACCUAUGAUGUUAUAUCCAGUGUGGUGGUGUUACGAUAUGUUUACUUAUUGGUCACCAUAUGGCUUAGUGAUCAGUUAUCAUAUCCAGUGUGACUAGUCUAUGAGGUGUUUAGAUAAUUAGCUUCUACAUGGUUGAGUGUUAGGUGGUUACCUUAAUGUGGGGUGAGUUAUACAUACUUUACAUGCAUAUUGAGUUUGCAGUACAAGUUUGGUUAGCUUUGUGAACAAAGAUGUAUAGAUAGGUUUAAAUUUUGAGUUCUUUUAUGUAAGCUGCUAGGUCUACAUGUAUGGUAUAGUUGUAGGUUAUCAAUUUCUAAAAGUUUGGUUUAAUAUAUAUGUUUGGUAACCAUUAUUUUGAAUCAUGGGAUAUGUGUUUAAUAGCAUAUUUGGUUUAGCAUAUUUGUGCUUUGGAUUGUAGGUCAGAAACUUGUGGUUAACGGAGCCAAUGUACAUGUACUUGCCAUUACUUUUGUACUUACAUUACAUUUUUAAAUGGUUUAAGUCAUUACUGAAUGACGUAAAAUUUUUGAUGUAUUAUAAAUUUAGGUUUGAUGGUGUGAUUCCAAUUGUUAAAAGGCAUGAAUAGGCACAAAUAAAUCCAAAAAUUUUAAUCUCUGUUCACACAUUGGAAGGACUCACUGGGGUUUAGGAUAAAGUUCAAGUUGGGUUUUAGAUCCUGUAGGAAUUUACUGUUAUUGAUAAGGCAAUGUAUCAAGAAUAAGGGUUGGUUACAUUAAGUCAUAGAAAACUUCAGCUGUAGGGUACAGUUUUUUACAGCAUGAUGCCUAGACCAAAAGUUGGUGUGAAAAGAAAAAGAGCUGGUUCGGCGGAAAGAAAAGGAGCAAAGUCCAAAAAAGAUCAGAGCUCUGAUCAUCAGGAGGAAACAUUGGUAGAGAGAGUAACACAGGCGGUGUUGGAAGCAUUAGAGGACAGAGCUGUCCCCGCCAUUCCAGACAGGAGCGAGUCCCCCCAGAGUUUGGAUGGUCAAAAAAUUUCUGGAGGUGUCAUUGGACAGCGAGGACGAACCAACAGCCAUACCAAGCCACCUUUUGCAGCUAUCCAAAACACAGCUGUUACCUUGAUUGAGGCAGCUUUAGCCCCUAAUACAAUGAUUGUCUACAAGCAGGCCCUAAAUUGUUUUCAGACAUUCAUGCAAAGUUAUUACAAUACAUGCAGUAUUAAGGAUGUUUCUCUCGAACACAUUAUUAGUUUCGUUUCCUAUCUAUUUAGUAUAGGCAAAGCACCAAGCUCGAUAACAACAUACUUGGCAGCGCUGGCAUAUUAUUUUAAAAUGUCUAAUAUUCCAGACUUUUCAAAUCAUUUCUUGAUAAAGAAAAUGUUAAGUGGGGCAAAGCGUCUGGCCAGCUCUCCUGAUGUGAGGCAGCCUAUUACUCUGGAUAUCCUGGAAAACCUUUUAGUAGCCGUGCCUCAUGUAGCCAAUUCUAGUUACCAAAGAUGUUUGUUCAUGGCUAUGUUUAUAUUAGCAUUUUAUGCUUUCCUCCGAGUAGGAGAAAUCACAGUUCGCUCCCAUUCUAACCCAAACUUGCUGCUUUUGAGUAAUGUAUCCUUCAAGACAAUAGCCAAAGCAAGUUGUAUGAUCAUAACAAUGACCAACUUCAAGCAUAAUCUGGGGAAAAAUCCUGUGCAUCUGGAAAUCAAACCUCAGCCAAUCCGCAAAUUUUGUCCUGUGCAAAUCAUGAAGAAUUAUCUCAAAGUGAGAGGUGUGAAGGAUGGACCUCUGUUUUGCUAUGGCUCUGGAAGGCCUAUAUCCCGUUCAGAAUUCUGCAAGGUGCUGAAAUCGGCUCUGAAGUUCUCAAAGUUGGACAGUCAUAAAUUCAAAGCACACAGUUUCAGAAUAGGAGCAGCAACUCAGGCUCACCUGCAGGGCUUCUCAGAUUCACAAAUAAGAGUUAUGGGAAGAUGGCACUCCGAGUCAUUUCAGAGAUAUAUCAGGGUGUCCUUGUUUCCAACAUUGUAGUUUCUAUAUCACAAUAAUGUUCUGGGAUAUUUGUUUUUUAGGGUCCAGUAAUAAUGGAUAACUGACUGAGGCAGUAUCCAUUAUUACUGGCUAAGUAUUUGAGUCUUUUUAACAUUCAGGUGUCUGUAUGAGGUUUAAAUCUCAUAUUGUCAGGUUUGCUGUUUUACAAGAUUAACACAUAUACAAUGUAGGAUAUUUGUCAUAUAGGGUCUACUGAUAAUGGAUAACUGACUGAGGCAGUAUCCAUUAUCGGUGGCUCUUUAUUUUCAUGAUGUUGAAAUCUUGCAAUUUCCUUUUGUUUUAUUAGAGUAAAGUGGGAAGAAGUACAUUGUAUUGAAGUAAUAGAUGUUUACAAUAUAGGGCAUGAGACCCUAAGUGUUGCGAGUUGAUGGUUUAUCAUCUUGAUAGUUUAUAUACUUUUCAGGUUUUAUUUUAACAAGUCUUAUGACAAAGAUUUAUCAUGUUCCAGGUUUAAUUUUAAUAUUAAGGGGCGACUAUCUGAGGUGGCACCCCCAUAUUCGAAAAAGUAAUUGGGAUUAAGUUGUAAGAUGUGUAACGGGUGUUACAAGGUAUUUAACAUCAAGAUGUAGGUGUGUUCACGUGUUUUUAAUUUUGUUUCUUUGGCAAGAAAUGUGUGAAGAAUAUUUUUCAGUAGAACAAUUGUUUACCUCCAGCUUUUAAAAGGGCUGACAUAUUUCAUGAUCACUUAAUUAGCAUUGCUUGGGAGGUGACUAACUGAGGUGGCACCUAAGGUUGUCAAGGGAAGUGUACAUGGAUGUUUACAUGUUUAGAUAUAUAGACAUUUAGGGGCUUGUUUUGCAUUGUUACAGCAAUUGUUUCAGUUUAAACAUGUACAUUUUACAUUUGGAUGCAUUCCAAAUAUGUCUUAGUUAAUAAACUUUAUGAUUAUUGAAAUGGGUUAUCUAGGACAAUAACAAUGUAUUUCAUUUCACAGUGAGCAUGCAUGUCAAAAUUAACACAUGUUAUUGCAUCUCUUUUGCUGUAAAUUUAGUUAACCACUGUUCUUAAUGUUCUUAGGAAAUAUUUUCAUAAGCUUGGAUAGACUAAUUUCUACUUUAAAUUUUGAUUCUCUACUAGAAUCUUUACUGUUAAACGAAGCACAUUUUUGGGUGGGGCGAGGGACACUUCUCAUGCAGUUCAGUGUUCCUCUUGUGGGUUAUUUUUUGGGCCCCACCUUCUGCUGCAUUGUUGAUAAUUUACUAAAUGUAUGCAGUCUCACAUUUUCAUUCUUAUAUUCAGUAUAACUUCAUCUGGCAUUUUUAAUAAAUGCUCUUCACACAAGCCAUAGUUUUUCUUUAUCAAGGUAGCAGCAGAACAGAGCUGCAAAUGUGCUUCAGGUUAUAUUCAACAGUAAUAGUAAUGUAGGGUUUACCAGGAUUUAAGAGCACAUAAGUGUAUUUAUGUACAUGUAUAUAAAGGAAUUUAUGUGAUCUAAAUACUUAUAGUUUAGGUAUUAUAUAGUUUUCUACUAUGUUACAUUUAAUUAGUCAUAUUUGUACAGUAUGAGGAUUUAAAGGGUCUUUUGGGGUUUUUAUACUCAUACCGGUAAGAGCAUUUUCAGGCUAUUAGCCUGAUCCUAAAUAUUUCAAUUUUGGCUCCAAAUUAGCUUGCAUCGGAAGUUUUGCCCACCUCCACCCCUUCUAUCCUCCUUACUAAAUAUUAUUAUUAUUUUUGUUUGAUUGGUAUGGAUAACUUCCUUUUGUAAAAGGUGUGGGUUAUUUUUUGGGCCCCACCUUCUGCUGCAUUGUUGAUAAUUUACUAAAUGUAUGCAGUCUCACAUUUUCAUUCUUAUAUUCAGUAUAACUUCAUCUGGCAUUUUUAAUAAAUGCUCUUCACACAAGCCAUAGUUUUUCUUUAUCAAGGUAGCAGCAGAACAGAGCUGCAAAUGUGCUUCAGGUUAUAUUCAACAGUAAUAGUAAUGUAGGGUUUACCAGGAUUUAAGA